AUGUGCAAACUGGUGGUGGCACUAGAGGCCACGUCGAUAUUCGUGUCGACGAUUAGCAUAACAGCCAUCGCUUUAGAUAGAUAUCAAGUGAUUUUGCAUUCCGGGAGCGAAAACCGAAUGCUCGGCAAUAUAUUCAAACUCUCGUUCAUAUGGUUGGCCGCUAUCCUCUUGGCUCUCCCACUCUUCCUCUUCCGCACCGUUGAAACACAUCAAUUGGAUAUGCCAUGGCUUAAAUCGAUCAACUUUUGUGUGGAGCGGUGGCCAAUAGCGCACGGGAGGGGCUAUUACUCGGUCUUCUCAAUGGUGUUUCAAUACUUUGUGCCGAUACUGAUCGUCAGUAUAGUGUAUACGCGGCUGUGUAUGAAACUGCGGACCCGAGCCAUACGCCGGACAUCGACCACACAAUUGCCAAAACUC